CAAAAGUCUAAUGAAAGUUUGAUUGAAUUACAAAACUUAUUGUCUUCAAUGGGUUCUUAUGAAAUGAGUUCUUAUUGCAUACGUUUUGAAGCGAGUCUUCUCAUGAGGGCUGAGAGGCAUCGCUUUCACGACCUCAAGAAGUCCACGAUUUUCAUUCAAAGACUGUUUAGAGCCAAACGAGAGAGAAGGGCUGCCAUCAAAAUACAGGAACUCUUCCGCGCCAAUCAACUCAUGAAAAUCGAGAAACAAAAGUAUCAAACACUGAGAACUUCAGCAAUCGUUUGUCAGCGACUUUUCCGCGCCAACCAUCUCAUGAGAGUUGAGAAACAAAAUUAUCAAACACUGAGGUCUUCGCGGGUUUUCCGCGUCAAUCGUCUCAUGAGGAUUGAGAAACAAAAGUAUCAAACACUGAGGUCUUCAGCAAUUGUUUGUCAACAGAUGUUCCGCGCGAAGAGACUUAUGAGAGUUGAGACACAAAAAUAUCAAACACUGAGAUCUUCGCUGUUCCGCGCGAAGAGACUCAUGAGAAUAGAGACACAAAUAUAUCAUACACUGAGGUCUUCAGCAAUUGUUUGUCAACAGCUGUUCCGCGCCAAUCGUCUCAUGAGGACUGAGAGACAAAAGUAUCAAACACUGAGAUCUUCGAUGUUCCGCGCGAAGAAACUCAUGAGAGUUGAGACACAAAAUUAUCAAACACUGAGGUCUUCGGUAAUUGUUUGUCAAAAGCUGUUCCGCGCGAAGAGUCUCAUGAAGAUUGAGAGACAAAAGUAUCAAACACUAAGGUCUUCAGCAAUUGUUUGUCAACAGCUGUUCCGCGCAAAGAGACUCAUGAAUACUGAGAGACAAAAGUAUCAGACUCUGAGAUCUUCGGUAAUCGUUUGUCAGGAACUCUUCCGCGCCAAUCAACUCAUGAAAAUCGAGAAACAAAAGUAUCAAACACUGAGAACUUCA